AUGUCAGGGAUAAUACGCGUUCCUCCCCCACACGAUGGAUCGGCUCCCCAUCCUCCACAAGUCCAAGCAGCCCCAUCAAACCGUCCUCGGGCAAAUCCAUCUUCGCAUCCUGCUGUGUCGUAUACACCCACAGAUAUUACCAUACCCGAAUACUUGUAUGAGAAAGUACCCUCGUUGGAAUUAUACAAACGGUUAAAGGCAGCAGAAAAGGAUUUGGAUUUGCUUAUUUCUCGAGAUGCCUUAGACUUCCAGCUGAUCCAACAGAACUCAAUGCACCCUUCCAAUUUGAAACCAGAGAAGGGACUCUUGAGAGUCUUUAUCUACAAUACUUGUGAGAACCAGCCCUGGCAAAAUCAAUUGCUUCAGGAACAAGGGAUGCCAUUGCCAGACCCUGCGUCUUCCGAGGCGUCAUGGACCUUGAGAGUCGAGGGACGGUUUGUACAAGACGGUAAUGAUGUUGAAGAUCAAUUGAAGUUUAGCUCCUUUUUGUCCGGUAUUACAAUAGAUUUGAUCCCUAACGAGGACUAUCCUAAUUUGACUAACACACAGGGAAGUAUUAUUGAAUGGAGAGACCCCCUGCAACCCAUGCACCAACAGCAACAACAGCAACAGCAACAACAACACCAGAAAGAGUUUGAUGGUCUUGAUGUCAAAAGAUUAGGUAUUUUCAACAUCAAGGCUAAAAUAACAUUGAUGCUUAAAAACCACUCCAAUUCCUUUUCUUUAACUCCAAAGAUGGCCCAAUUCUUGAGUAGAACCACUGCCAACCAACAAGAAGUGGUGUAUAUGAUCUGGAGAUAUAUUAUGUACAAUGAUUUGUUUGAUCAACAGCAAAUGUAUAACAAAGUUCCUGCUAUAGCCGAGGAAAUGCUUGCUAAUGUCAACCCUGAAGUAGAGACAGAUGUUUCUACUGUUAUCUGCGAUGACUUAUUAAAGGAUUUAUUAGGUGUGGAACUGUUCAAGAUCUAUGAACUAUACAAAUUAACCCUGGCUCAUUUAAGACCCUUACAACCUUUGAUAAUAGAUUAUGAAGUCAACACCAGAAAGUCCACCACGUUGGGAGAAGUUGUAUUGGAUAUUCCUGUGGAGUUGCCAAUAUCUAUAUCCAAGAUCCAAAAAGAAGUGGUUGAAUUCAAUAAAUCAGCCUUUGAGAAUAUGGCCAGAACAGAUAUGACGAUUCAACAGAUAAAUAAUAGGAUUUCUCUUGGAAUCGUUGCUUUGCAGAAUGCUAACCUUAGAGAAAGGUUUUAUAGAGAAUUGUCCAAUGAUCCAGUGACCUUCGUUAAGAAUUGGGUACAGACACAGCUGGAUACCUUUAGAGGACUUAAGAGUGACGAAGGAUAUGAUGAAGAAGUAGUAAGACGCGCUGACUACUUUAUUGAAAAUGAACUGCUUUUGAAGGAGAAGAUCGACUUGCUUUUGGGAUCAACCAGAUUGUGA